AUGGCGAAAUCUCAGUUCGAUCUGGGAUUUCUACCAAGAGAAUGUCCGCCAUAUAUGGCCAUCUUUCAGACCGUGCAAAAGAUGUGUAGGAAACAGAAUCAGAUCCUCGAACAUAAUAUCGAUCAAGCCGCGCUAUCGAAAGUCCUGUGUGUAUUUCCACACCUGAAAGAACUCACGGUGCAUUUCUGUGUGCCCCUGGAAACGAAACCAUGGCUGGAAGCAUAUAUCGAUCUCGACAUGAAUGUAACUGAGGGGCUGUACGCACACCACAUGCAAGUGAUUGCACAAGCCCUGUCUGACAGAUCGAGCAUUCAUUUGCGGGGAUUUCAGAUUCAGACCGGACAUCAGUAUGAGAUCUCAGAUCUAAUGUCCCUAUCUGCUCACUUACAGGAGCUGCUGGUUGGUAUACGCAGUCUAAAGAUGACACAGUCCGAGUCAGCUCUGGAGUUACUUUCACAAUGGGAGCUGAACAUCGAUCAGCUUGACAUGUGCGAUAUGAUGAUUGAUUACGAUACCCUGAAACGGGUUUUUUCUGCUAAUCAACCAACUCUUCGCUCAAUCGGUUUCCACAACGUCGUCGUGACAGAGGUUCCAUUCGAGGAAUCUGCAUCUCAGUUAAGUGUAGACAUUCUAUCUGAACUGAUCGGUGCUCGUAGGGGAGCACAGGGCCAGGCAACCUACUGCCAUUGUCAUUCUCGGCACAAUGGCUGGAGGAUUUUGUGGGAGAACGAACCUCUUGUUUAA